CACGUAAUGGAUGGACACGAGCGCAAUCUAUAUUCAUUCUUAGUUUUUUUUUGGACAAAAUUCAUUCUUAGUUUAUAUAAGAAAGAUAAAAGGCAUGAGCGAUUCAAGAACAGCAUCUUCUGACAUGACCGCUUGGUGUUCUGCUGUUGUGUUGUUGUCUUUGAUACUUUUGUUAUCAGUUCGUGAGAACAACGCUUCUGAUUCGGUUAGAGGGUCUCAAUUCUCAGAGAAACCUUGCGAAGAGAUUUAUGUCGUUGGAGAAGGAGAAACGCUUCACACCAUCGGCGAUAAAUGCGGCGACCCUUUUAUAGUUGAGAGAAACCCGCAUAUCCAUGACCCGGAUGACGUCUUCCCAGGUCUUGUUCUCAGGAUCGCGCCCUUUUACUUCUCCAGGAAAGUGAAACAUAUAUAAAAAAAAGUUAGUUGUCUCUUUUAGUUUUAUAUGAAACAUACUUUCAACAGUAUGUGUUUGUAUAUACUAAAUGAAUUACAAAACAAAUGCAGAGAUUUGAAAGAAACAGAGCAAAAAGAGAGUACACCGUGAAUUUGAUUAUUCAUGUUUUAAAGACAAAUAUAACCAUCUGGAAAAAAAAUAGUUGUAAAUGAUGUUAGCCAUAGUUUCUGGGCUUUGGAUUGAAAAAAUCAAUUUUAAAAGUCGCUGAUCAAUGAUGCAGUAACAAAACGCCAAAUUAUAAAAAGGUCAACGACUUUGUAAAAGGGGCUCUGCUAUUAUGAAAUUUAAACUUUAACUUCGGCUUUGUUAUUCUUGCAGAA